UUUCAAAAUUGUGUUGUGUAAUUUACCAUUAAAAUGGGGUCACCAGAAAUUGUUGCUUUUUAUGCGGACGCCUUGAUCAAGUCUGAACACAGAAAUAGAGAGUGGAACAAGAAAAAUUUACUUAAUGUUUUAGAAGCCAAUAAAGAGAAACAAGUCCGCGAAAUAGACGCCUCUAUAGCUUUGGCAAAGAAGUACUUAGCGUUAUUAGACGAGCCUCGAAUUUACGCGAGGCCAGUUCCACCACACGAAUUAGAUCAGUCUGAAGAAUGUACUGAGAUGAAAUUUGUCGAACCUGAAGUGGUCAACUUACUGUACGGAAGUACAGAGAAAGGAUCAACCUUCCGAUAUUUGAAACAAAGAUAUAAAAAAUCACCGGAGGAAAAGUUCAACUACCGCGCGACCACAAGCUGUGACUACGGCUGGCAACAGAGCAAAUCUAGAAUACCAGCUAGAGACGUGAACAAGGGGCGUUGUGCCAUACUGCGUGACACCUUCUACAGAAAGAAUAACCUCGCGCCCGAUCCACCACAUUACUCCGAACCUAUUGGGGGAGAAUUCUCUAUUUGUAGUGUUUAUUCAUGCAGCAGUAAUUAAAAUUAAUUUUUAUUCAAAAAUUCUAGACAAUAUUAAAUAAGCAAACA